AUGAGAUUACUAUAUUUCUUGUUUACAAGCUUGCUUGCGACACUUACAUCAGCCGUUCGUCUUGAAGGAAAGAUCAUACCCAAUGCUGUCAUCAAUGAUUUAUCAAAAGUUGAUUAUUCAACAGCCCGUGUUGCACUUAAUGGUGCUUUUAAGACAACUCGUAUUCAAUCAGAUGGACGCUUUGUACUUUAUGACGUCCAACCUGGAUCAUAUAUGCUAGAAGUUCACAGCAUAAAAUACAUAUUUCCAAAGUUGCGCGUAGAUAUCAAUGAUGAAGGACACAUAUGGGCAGCCUAUACUGGCUUGGGACGUGAUUGGAAUAGUUUUGGACAGAGAAUCGGUUAUCCAUUAGAGAUCCAAGCUAAAGCAGAGGCAGAUUACUUUAUGCAAAAACAAGGCUUUAACUUGAAAGAUCUAUUUGCCAACAAGAUGUUCCUUAUGAUGGGCAUGAGUGGCUUGAUGUUAUUGUUUAUGCCCAAGAUGAUGAAACAGAUGCAGGAAAUGAAUCAAGAAAUGGCAAAUGAAGCGAGUCAACCACAAGCUCAACAAAAGGGAGAGCCUUCGAGACUAACUGAAUCGUUUAUUAAAGCUCAACAGAAAGGACAUUAA